GCCACUCAGUUAUCAACGGAAACAUUGGAAUAUGAGAGUAAGGAGGAGCAGCUGGUGCUAGACUGCGCCAAGGAGCUCGAGGAAAGCAAUAACCAACUGGCAGCUGUUUCUGAAGAGCUGUCACGGAAGGUGGAGGAUUCAGCAAAACAGCAGGAGGAGAUUGGCAUUCUCCUUGCGCGGGUCGUGGAACUUCAGCAGAAAUGUAAAAUGUGCACGACAGAAAAUGAAGAGCUAAAUCAAUACCUUGUCGUAGCAAGAGAGACUCAGGAGCAAUUAAAGACUGAGGUGCAAUACCUGCGGGAGAAAUAUUCCCAGUGUGAUGCGAUGCUGCGUGAGGCUCAGGAAGAGAUGAAGAAUUUGCGGAACAAGACCGCUCCGAAUAGCUCCAUCAAUCGGUACCACACCGUGCCUGUCUAUCCCAUGGACUCUCUUGCUGCUGAAAUCGAAGGAACAAUGCGGAAAGGUUUACACAUCGACACUACUGCAUCGCUGGAGAACAGUAACUACAACCGAAGGGUCUUUGAGACAGUGCGGGCAGUCAACCAGGCAGUAAAGCUGAAAUCUCGCUCCCAAUCCCCUCAGAACAUUCCGGGGUCCAGCCCAUCGUCAACAGGACAGUCUGGAUCCAGCCACUUCAGCAGCCCCCGCACGAGCUUCUAUGAGUCAAAUACAUCCAGUACCGGGCUGGACGACAAACUGCAGUCCCUGAGCCUGGAGACAGAGAGCACUCCAGAGGAGGAUGUGGAGCGGAAACCUGGGACACCAGGGACUCCAGGAUGUCGGGAUUUACAAGCAGCUUUGCAGAGGUUAUCUCUGAGGCAACAGGCCUCAUCAGAGAAAACAUUCUUCGAUCACGAGCGUGAGCAGAAACUGAAAACACUGACUGAUGAAGGGCCACUGUCCAGUGGCUUGGUCACUCCAGCGGAGAGUGUCCUAUCAACGGGCACCAACUAUUCUGGGAGUUCAGGAACGACUGGAUUAUCGGGCUUUUCUGUGAGUUCCCGACCCAACUGCCCUGAUAAACUGAAAAUUGUGAAGCCACUGGAAGGUUCAGUGACUCUCUAUCAGUGGCAGCAACUUGCACAGCCCAACCUUGGAGGGAUCUUGGAACCCCGGCCUGGAGUCCUCACCAAAGAUUUUCAGCAACUGGAUAUUGACACUGGUGAGGUGUACAACCUGAACGACUUUGAAGAAGACGAGACAAACCAUCCGUUAUUUCAGGAGCUCAUAACAUCGCCAACCGAACCCCAAACAGAACCCACUG